AUCGUUCAAAAUGUCGUCCCAUUUAAAUUGGAUGAUUAUUCGCAAUAAUAAUGCAUUCCUUUUGAAGAAACGUAACAUUAAUAAACCAUUUUCUACGGAACCAAAUAAUUUGAACAAUUUGAGUAGCUACCGUUAUUCUGGUUUGAUUCAUAGGAAAAGCGUAGGUGUUGUUGAUACGGCUGAUAAAAAAGGAUUUACUGUAGUAUAUAAAAAAGCUAAAGCUAUGAACAAGCCUGCAAAAGCUACGGUUAGGUGUACAAUGAAAGCCGGAGCUCGUCGUUCUCUAUAUAAGUUGAAGCGAUUGCUUACAAAGAACAAGUAUCGUGUAGACCUUACAAAGGCUGCCUUGCGUCGCGCUAGUGCUGUGUUACGUUCUCAGAAGCCUUUACCUGCUAAGAAGACCCGUACAACCAAAAAGGCUGAUUAAUUUGUGUACAUUAAUAAAUAUACAUUUUAAUGUAAA